AUGGCGGACACGGAUCUUUUCAUGGAAUGUGAGGAGGAGGAGCUGGAGCCGUGGCAGAAGAUCAGCGAUGUCAUCGAGGACUCCGUGGUGGAGGAUUAUAACUCCGUGGAUAAAACUGCCCCAGGCGGGAAUGCCGUGGUUCCUCCCGGGGGCCAGUCCCUGCUGCUGACCCAGAGCCCCACGCCCGCGCUGGGGGCCGUGGUGACCCAGCCCCUGCUGCGGCCGGUGCAGAUCAUGCAGAACGCCAACCACGUGCCCACCCCCCCCGUGACCAGCCAGCCCAUCUUCAUCACCACCCAGGGGUUUCCCGUGAGGAACGUGAGGCCCGUCCAGAACACCAUGAACCAGGUGGGGAUCGUGCUCAACGUCCAGCAAGGGCAGACAGUGAGACCCAUCACCCUCGUGCCAGGGGCCCCCCUGCCCGUCAGACCCGCCGCCAACACCUUCACCACGGUGAUCCCGGCCACGCUGACCCUGCGCAGCACCGUGCCCCAGGCCCAGGCCCCGCAGCAGAUGAGCAUCGCCAGCUUCGUGACCGUGAAGAGGCCCGGGGUGACGGGGGAGAACAGCAACGAGGUGGCCAAGCUGGUGAACACCCUCAACACUGUCCCCUCCCUGGGGCAGAGCCCCGGCCCCCUCGUGGUGUCCAACAGCAGCCCCGGGUCCCAGAGGUCCAGCGUGUCGGAAUCCUCGUCCUCCUCCUCCUCCCUCAAAGGUAACGGGCGCAAGGAGGCACCAAAUGGGGGUCAAGAAGGGCUCAGACCGAGGGUUUUGGGGUCAGAGGUGCAGAAAAUCUGGAUUUGUGUCCCUCCCUCUUGCAGGUUCAUGAACCACAUGAAGCACCACGUGGAGCUGGACCAGCAGAACGGCGAGGUGGACGUGCACACCAUCUGCCAGCACUGCUACAGGCAGUUCUCCACCCCCUUCCAGCUCCAGUGCCACCUGGAGAACGUCCACAGCCCCUACGAGUCCACCACCAAGUGCAAGAUCUGUGAGUGGGCCUUCGAGAGCGAGCCCAUGUUCCUGCAGCACAUGAAGGACACCCACAAGCCUGGGGAGAUGCCCUACGUGUGCCAGGUGUGCCAGUACCGCUCCUCCCUCUACUCGGAGGUGGACAGUCACUUCCGGAUGAUCCACGAGGACACCCGGCACCUGCUCUGCCCCUACUGCCUCAAGGUCUUCAAAAAUGGCAAUGCUUUCCAGCAGCACUUCAUGAGGCACCAGAAGAAGAGUGUUUAUCACUGCAACAAGUGCAGGCUCCAGUUCCUCUUUGCCAAGGACAAAAUCGAGCACAAGCUGCAGCACCACAAAACCUUCCGCAAGCCCAAGCAGCUGGAAGGGUUAAAACCUGGCACCAAGGUGACAAUCAGGGCGUCCAGGGGACAACCGCGGACGUUGCCGGUCUCUUCCAACGACAUGUCCCAGGGCCUGGGACAGGACACAGCUCCUCUGUCCUCCUCCUCAGACCCCCAGCCCAUCUUCCUGUACCCUCCUGUCCAGAGGAACGUCCAGAAAAGAGCCGUCAAAAAAAUGAGUGUCCUGGGCAGGCAGACGUGCCUGGAAUGCAGCUUUGAGAUCCCAGACUUCCCCAACCACUUCCCGACCUACGUGCACUGCUCCCUGUGUCGCUACAGCACCUGCUGCUCCCGGGCCUACGCCAACCACAUGAUCAACAACCACGUCCCUCGGAAGAGCCCCAAAUACUUGGCUUUGUUCAAGAACUACACUGCCUGUGGGGUGAAGCUCUCCUGUUCCUCCUGCCUCUUUGUCACCUCCGAGGGGGACUCCAUGGCCAAGCACCUCGUCUUCAACCCCUCCCACGAGUCCAGCAACAUCAUCCUCCAAGGCCCCCCUUGGAUCUCACAUUCCAGGCGGGUGGUGCUUUUCGCCCUCUGCUCCGACACCGAGCAGGCGGCCGAGCACUUCAGGAACCCCCCGCGCCGCAUCCGCCGCUGGCUCCGCAGGGUCCAGGCGUCGCAGGAGGAGAACCUGGAGGGGAAGUACCUGAGCCUGGAGGCCGAGGAGAAGCUGGCGGAGUGGGUGCUGACCCAGCGGGAGCAGCAGCUGCCCGUCAACGAGGAGACCCUCUUCCAGAAGGCCACCAAGAUCGGGCGCUCGCUGGACGGGGGCUUCAAGAUCUCCUACGAGUGGGCCGUGAGGUUCAUGCUGAGGCACCACCUGAGCACCCACACGCGCCGGGCCGUGGCCCAGCCGCUGCCCAAGGGCGUGGAGGACAGCGCCGGCUCCUUCAUCGAGUUCGUGCAGCGCCAGAUCCACACGCAGGACCUGCCGCUGUCCAUGAUCGCCGCCGUGGACGAGAUCUCCCUGUUCCUGGACGCCGAGGUGACUCCUUAA